AUGAUCGCCGCGCAGGCCAAGCUGGUCUACCAGCUCAACAAAUACUACACGGAGCGCUGCCAGGCCCGCAAGGCGGCCAUCGCCAAGACCAUCCGCGAGGUGUGCAAGGUCGUGUCGGACGUGCUGAAGGAGGUGGAGGUGCAGGAGCCGCGCUUCAUCAGCUCCCUCAGCGAGAUCGACGCCCGCUACGAGGGGCUGGAGGUGAUCUCGCCCACGGAGUUUGAGGUGGUGCUCUACCUCAACCAGAUGGGCGUCUUCAACUUCGUGGACGACGGCUCCCUGCCGGGCUGCGCCGUGCUCAAGCUGAGCGACGGCCGCAAGCGCAGCAUGUCCCUCUGGGUGGAGUUCAUCACCGCCUCGGGCUACCUGUCCGCCCGCAAGAUCCGCUCCCGCUUCCAGACGCUGGUGGCCCAGGCCGUGGACAAGUGCAGCUACCGCGACGUGGUGAAGAUGAUAGCGGACACCAGCGAGGUGAAGCUCCGCAUCCGCGAGCGCUACGUGGUGCAGAUCACGCCCGCCUUCAAGUGCACCGGGAUCUGGCCGCGCAGCGCUGCGCAGUGGCCCAUGCCCCACAUCCCCUGGCCCGGCCCCAACCGGGUGGCGGAGGUGAAGGCGGAGGGCUUCAACCUGCUCUCCAAGGAGUGCUACUCGCUGACGGGCAAGCAGAGCUCGGCCGAGAGCGACGCCUGGGUGCUGCAGUUCGGCGAGGCCGAGAACCGGCUGCUCAUGGGCGGCUGCCGGAACAAGUGCCUCUCGGUGCUGAAGACCCUGCGCGACCGGCACCUGGAGCUGCCGGGGCAGCCGCUCAACAACUACCACAUGAAGACGCUGCUGCUGUACGAGUGCGAGAAGCACCCGCGGGAGACCGACUGGGACGAGGCGUGCCUGGGCGACCGGCUGAACGGCAUCCUGCUGCAGCUCAUCUCCUGCCUGCAGUGCCGCCGCUGCCCCCACUACUUCCUGCCCAACCUCGACCUCUUUCAGGGCAAACCCCACUCGGCCCUGGAAAGCGCUGCCAAACAGACCUGGAGGCUGGCCAGAGAAAUCCUCACCAAUCCCAAAAGCCUCGACAAGCUAUAGGGCUAACAGCCCCGCGCACAAAACUAACCCUCCGGGAACAUCGACGGCGACUAAAAACUUUUUAUUUAACGCGAACGACGACGGCGAGAGGCGGCGAAAGACCCGCGCCGCGCCGCGCCCCCACCCACCUGCAGCUCGGCCCUCAGACGCGCGCAGGCGGUUCCCCAGCAUAAACUCGCAGUGCCGCGCUCGGGCGACGGGAAGAGCCUCUCCUCGCUUCCUCCGCGGUGAAUUUUUAAAAAGUCACAAAAAGAAGCGAUCGGACUUUUGCAACACCAAAACGAAACCCCAAAGGUACAUUUUCGAAUAAAUGUAUAGUCCUUUUCUUAUUCUUUCUUGUUUGCCUGAAUGUUGUCACCAAGUGAAAAAUUAUUUAACUAUAUGUACAAAUUUCCCUUUAAAAAAGUUUUACUGAUGUUAAAUGUAU